UGAUUAUUAGAAAUCUCGCUCUGCCACUGUCUCCAUCGCAGUCUCUCUUUCCCUCUCUAUCUGAACGUAUUUGGAUCCAUCAAAUUAGUGUGUUAAAGCAGAUCCCAUCAAAUUGGUUACCAGUUAUCAGAACUCCAAAAGCAGAGGAGGCCGCGCUUUUACUUCUCAUUCAAUCUCAGAUGAAGGCCUCCUGGCAGCAAAAGUGGUAAAGGAGGGAUUUGAUCAUUUGAUGCCACUUCUAAAACUAAAAAAGUGGUAACAAAAAUGAAAUAAAGAUUGAAGGAUCUGUGUUUAAUUGUAUAAUAAUAAGUAGAGAGAUGAAAGGAACAAAUUAUUUGAGAUUGAGAGGGAGGCAUCUUUCAGUUACUCUGCUCACUCUUACUUUUACAACAAUUUUCCUUUGGGCGUGGGAGAAGAAUCCUUUUGUCUCUACUCCAGACCAAUUUAGCUUUCAUUCUUCAGAUUUUGCUGUUGACUCCCCAAAAGAUCCCUCUUCUUCUGUGUCUUUGAACCCAAAGGAGCAUGUUGAAGAAGUAAGUUCUCAACCUGUAAUUUCAGAAGAAAUGGAAAGCCCAAAGAAAAUCUCUGGUGCAUCACCAAUGAACUUUACCCCCUCUACUGCUUCUGAAAGCGAAGAUAAUGGAGAUAGGAUGUCCUCUGCUGAGAUAAAAGCCUGCAACUAUGCCAGGGGUAGAUGGGUGGCAGACAGUAGGCGGCCGUUGUAUUCUGGGUUUGGAUGUAAACAAUGGUUAUCAGAAAUGUGGGCAUGUAGACUGACACAACGAACUGAUUUUUCCUAUGAGGGAUACAGGUGGCAGCCCCAAAAUUGCAAAAUGACACAGUUUGAGCCGAAUCAAUUCUUGAAAAGGAUGCAGGACAAAAUCAUUGCAUUUAUUGGAGAUUCAUUGGGCAGGCAACAAUUUCAAUCUAUGAUGUGCAUGACUACGGGUGGGGAAUGGAGGCUAGAUGUUGAGGAUGUGGGAGCUGAAUAUGGUCUUGUCAAGCCACGUGGAGCUAUUCGUCCUGAUGGGUGGGCGUACCGAUUCUCAAAUACUAAUACCACCAUUUUAUACUACUGGUCAGCAAGCCUUGCAGAUCUAGAGCCCUUGAACAUUACUGAUCCAACUACUGAUGUUGCCAUGCAUUUGGACCGUGCACCAGCUUUCAUGAGACAAUAUCUCCAUCGGUUUGAUGUGUUGGUUCUCAACACAGGACAUCACUGGAACAGAGGGAAGCUUAAAGCAAACCGUUGGGUGAUGUACGUAGAUGGGAAGCCCGUCGAAGAUAGAAAACUUGCAGAAAUAGGAAAUGCAAAGAAUUUUACAGUACAUAGUAUCAUCAGGUGGCUUGAUUCACAACUUCCUUCUCAUCCCCAACUUGUAGCUUUCUUUAGGACCAUCUCACCAAGGCAUUUCCGUAAUGGGGACUGGAAUAGCGGGGGCAACUGCGACAACACCACUCCAUUGACUGGAGGGAGCAAAGUUUCGCAGGAUGAAUCAAGCGAUGCAGUUGUCUGGGGUGCUGUUAAGGGGACAAAUGUAAAACUUUUGGAUGUUACUGCUUUGUCUGAGCUAAGAGAUGAGGGUCACAUUUCGCGGUACAGUGUUAAGGCAACACAGGGUGUGAAUGAUUGCUUGCAUUGGUGUUUACCUGGUAUUCCGGACACAUGGAAUGAACUCCUUGCUGCUCAGAUAUAGCCUAUGCCUCGUCAAUUAAAAAGAAACGGGAUCACCUGAAUCGCUUGAGAAGACAAAAUAGAUCGUUUUCUAUCUCAGGCUCUAGUCCAAGAGUUGAGAAACUUCCAAGGAUGCAUGUAACUCAGCAUAGCAAUUGAUUCAAGAAAAUGUUUACAAAGUUUCCGAUUUCUGUGUUUCAAGCAUGUCUAUAUUGUUAUUUUUGCGGGCAUAUACGCGCUUGGGCUACAAUGUUAACUGAAAAUGAGCGGAGCUGUAAAGUAUAUUUAUGAUUGAAGUCAGGUUCAAAUUUGAGAUA